AUGGCUCCUCUUCCAGCAGGCACAAACGAACUUACUGAACCAAGGAGAUCAGGCAGAACCAGAACACUAUCAGCACGAGCGCAGAUGGGGCAGAUAAUGGAGAAUUGGCAGAGCAAUCAGAAGAAGCCAAAAGCGAAGAAAACGAAGAUUACGAAGAAUACGAAGAUGAAGCCAACUACACAAAGCACGAAGAAGACGAUGACUGCACAACUGGAACGCAACUGCCCGGUGGACGUGGAGGAAGUGCGAAAAGAGUACAUUGAUAAUUGCACCCGUUACUAUGGAGGGAAUCGUAGAUGGUAUAGAUAUAAGGUCCACCUGCUGGAUCGCGCGGCAUGUGAUAUCAUUCGGAAGGACAGGGAUGAGUGGCUACGGGCAGCCGCUGUGGACAACAAGGCCAUUCGCCAUGGAGUCUUUGGCACGGAAGCCUGCCAGCUCCUCGCGGAUGUAUGUGAAAAAGCUGAGAGAGCGACGGUGGUGAAGAAGGAGGAGAGUGGUGAGCCGGAAGUAAAGGAGGCCGGGAGUGAUGAGCAAGCAUUGACGAUGCUCGUGGCAGCCGCUACAUGGCUCGAAGAAAAAGGGGAAUUCUCCUCCAACUGCUACGAUCUCUAG